UGAGUUGAUAUUCGUUGUGAUUUUUUCUGCUUUUUUGUUCUAGUUUGUGACUAACAUAAGCUUCCAUAUAUGCGUGACUGCAGAUAACAUGGAAAGAGAAACACGACGGAUUGUCAUCUUAAACGUAUGGGCAUGGCUUGCCUUGGUUUCACUUUUCACUAUUCAUACCAAUUCAGCACUAGAAAAUAACAACCCCGGUUUCAUAAGCAUUGAUUGUGGAUCAGAAGCAGCUUAUUCCCACACCGAAACUGGAAUUUGGUUUGAGACAGACAAUGAUUAUGUUGGAACAGGAAGCAAUCAUAUGGUUUCAUCGAAUGUGAACUUAAACUAUCGCGAUUAUGGGAGACAGUUGAACACACUGAGAUGCUUCCCAAAAGGAGAGAGGAACUGCUACACCCUGAAACCACAGCAUGGUAAAAAUAACAGUAGCAAGUAUCUCAUAAGGGCUUUCUUUUCAUAUGGAAACUAUGAUGGCAAAAAUGAAGCUCCUUCUUUUGACAUGUACAUUGGAGUCAAUCUUGUGGACAAAGUUAAUCUCACUGAUUACGCCGACACUUACUGGUUCACGGAGAUUAUUCAGACUGUGUCAAGUGAAAGCAUAGAUGUGUGCCUUGUUAAAAGUGGCCCCACAAUCCCUUGCAUUGCUUCAUUGGAAUUGAGACCUUUGAACACUUCCAUUUAUCACACUCCCACCGCUGCUCCACAACCACUAUUAUAUCUUCAGCUAAGGAUUGACGUUGGCUCCUCUGCAUUGCCUCCACCUUAUGGAGACUAUUACUUUAGGUACAAAGAUGACGUGUAUGAUCGGAUAUGGCGGUGUGACCUCGAUGAUACGAAUGGUUGGUAUCCCUUGGUUAUGGAAUCUCUUAACUUGGACAGUGGAAGAAGAAGCAGUGAUAUUUAUAAGUUGCCCUCCCAAGUACUAAGAACUGCAGUCCAAUCUCCAAACGUCUCGCACCCUUUACAAUUUGACUAUGACAAUCUUUAUGCGCCCCUGGACAAACCUUAUGAGUACUACGUCUACUUUCACUUUCUUGAAAUUCAGCAACUUCCCAUUGGUAAAAAAAGAAUCAUUAAUAUCACCCUUAACUACCAAACCAUUCUCACACAACCUUUGGUUCUUGAAUACCUCAAGCCUGUCACCAUUGCGCCUCAAAAAACAAGUUCUGGUUCUGUCUUGUUCAAUGUUAGUGCCACGUCAGAAUCGGAUGCUCCACCUAUCCUCAACGCCUUCGAGGUCUAUAAGUUGAUAACACAACUUGAUUUGCCCACACAGGCUAGAGAUGUUGGUGCUAUUGUGGACAUCAAAAGUGCGUACCAGAUCUCUAGAUUGAAUUGGCAAGGAGACCCAUGUGUUCCAAAGCAAUAUGCAUGGGAUGGUCUCAUUUGCAGCUCCUACAACACCGUUCCAAGAAUCACAUCUUUGAACCUGAGCUCAAGCAAUCUGAAGGGGCAGAUAAAUAUGUCAUUCUCAUACCUUACCGAACUAGAAAUCCUGGAUUUGUCACAAAACGAACUGGAAGGAUCUUUACCAGAAUUUCUGGCACAAUUGCCAAAGUUAAAAAUUCUUAAUGUGACAGGGAACAAGCUUUCGGGUCCAAUUCCUAAGGCUCUCAAGGAAAAGGCAGAUUUGCAAUUAAGUGUUGAGGGAAAUCCAUAUCUUUGCACCUCUAGUACGUGCCGCAAGAGAAAGAAGGUAGUAAUUCCGUUGGUAGUAACAUUUGUGGGAGCCUUCAUCAUUCUUUCGAUAGUAUCACUUUCUUUUUUAAGAAGACGACGACUACAAGGUGUCAUGGGUACGAAGAAGCUGAGUUGUUUCAACAAAAUUGAGUAUGUGAACUCAAAUAAACAAGAAUUCACCUACGCAGAGGUUCUAAGCAUCACCAAUAACUUUGAGAAGGUUGUGGGUAAAGGAGCAUAUGGAACUGUCUACUAUGGUUUCAAAGGUGAAACACAAGUAGCAGUGAAGAUUCUCUCUCCCUCAACUCAAGGUUUUCAGCAAUUUCAGACAGAGGCAAAAAUUCUCACUAGAGUACACCAUACAUGCUUGACUCCUCUAAUUGGAUAUUGCAAUGAAGCCACGGCGCUCAUAUAUAAAUACAUGGCCUACGGAGACUUGGCAAACCAUCUUUCAGAUAAAAACCAAAUUUUGCUAAGUUGGAAACAGAGACUUCAAAUUGCUCUGGAUUCAGCAACAGGGUUGGAGUAUCUGCAUAAAUAUUGUAAGCCUCCAAUUGUGCACAGAGAUGUCAAGACUAGCAACAUUUUACUUGACGAAGAUUUCCACGCUAAAGUUUCUGAUUUUGGGUUGUCAAAGAUCUUUUCAAAUGAAUGUGACACCCAUGUACUAACAAAAAUCGCAGGCACCCCGGGAUACAUGGACCCUGAAUAUCAAAUAACAAACAAGUUGACUGAAAAAAGUGACGUCUAUAGUUUUGGAAUUGUUCUAUUAGAGAUUAUCACAGGGCACCCUGCUAUCUUGAAAACCCACGAGAAUACUCACAUAGUUCAGUGGGUAAAUUCCAUGUUAGCUGAUGAAGGAGAAAUUGAUAGUAUUAUGGAUCCAAGGUUACAGGGAAUAUAUGACUCUGAGACUGCAUCGCAAGUUGUACAUGUUGCAAUGGCUUGUCUAGCUCCGAGUUCUAUUAAGAGGCCAACAAUGGAUCAAGUGGUCAAAGAAUUAAAACAAUGUUUUCCCAUGGAGAAUAUUGAUGAUAGUAUAUGUAUAUUCACUGAAUUCUCUGUGGCAUCAAUUAGCGGAGAGAGUUCUCUAGCGAGGUAGUAACAAGGUUUUAAAAAGUUGACAACUGUAAUUGCAACUAUUUUUAGGUUUUUAAGAUUUAUAUUAAAAAUUACAAUUUUUUAACGAAUAAAUUAAAUUACAACUUGAAACUUUGAUUCUUGGAAGUAACUUUUUAAGGUAUUAAUGUAUUA